AUGUCGGAGAAAUCGUCGUCCACCGAGUCUGCGUCCAUGCCCUCGAUUCUUGAGGUGAUCCUGGCCGCAAUUGCCUCAGAAUCCUCGGGGCAUGGUCUGCCGCUCUCGCACUCGACGCAGCCUCAUUUCCCCAACUCAUGCCCUGAUACGGAAACAGUCCGUUCCCCGGAUCAAGAGCCACCCACCACCUCCAGCGCGGCCGAGACAGCGCCUUCCCAGAAGCUCCUGGACUCUUCGCAGUCUAUGAUAAAACGGCUGAGAUGCAAAAACGCCUGCACAAAUUGCCGUAACAGGAAGGUGAAGUGUGGGUACACUCGCCCAUGUCAACAGUGUAUCCGCAGAGGUAGGGCCGACACGUGCCAGGACGGCGUGCGCACAUCCGGCAGUAGGGAUGGACCAAGAGGCCCAUACAAGCAGAGAACUAGAAUGACCACACCGUAUGUGACAAGCAUGGAUACGGACGCGUACUUCCUCGCUCUCGGGCUCUCUGCAGCGCCCAUAUCGGGUGUGACUGAUGUUGGGCCAAGGCUAAAGAACCAUGCCACAAAGCCGGAGUCGAAGGAGCAUUUAGAUCACCAAUAA